AACAUUGCCAUUCUGAUUAAGUAAAUCUUCAGAUAUGCAAUCGACAUCUAGCCUUCAAGUACCGUCUGAGAGUACGUUGAGACAUGCGAUUCUUCAAUUGAAAGAACCAGUAGUCUUUAAUAAUUUGCUAAGAGAUUCAAAUGGCAAAAACUUGUGGAAAUUCCUUGAUUGGAAUCUCAAUGAUCUCGCUGAAAAACUUGGAGAUUUAAAGCUGCCAUUUAGAAUUGGUCUCAAUGCCAAAACGACGGAACCACAAUGGGACUUCAAAUGUGAUGUGAAGAACAUGACCAUGAGCAACUUUCUUGAAAAUGUAGGAUCUUUAGUUGAGAGUAACAACUGGCAGUACUUUGAUUACAAGUAUAUGCAUGAAUGGUUUAGUCAUCAUCCUGAAAUACUUUCAUCAUUUGAUUGGCAAAGAUUUGGGUUUGAUCAACGGGGCGAAGAUUCCACAUUAUGGAUUGGAAGCCAAGGAGCACAUACCAAUUGCCAUCAGGACACUUACGGUUGUAAUCUAGUGGCUCAAAUACAUGGAAGAAAGCGAUGGCUUUUAUUUUCACCAGAGUCUAACAACAAACUAAAGCCAACAAGAGUCCCCUAUGAGGAGUCAACAGUUUACAGUAGCUUUAAUUUAUUUUGCCCAUCAAAAGAUGAUGAAGAAGCUCUACUAAGAACUGACCCGAAAGCAAGGAUGGUAAUACUGGAACCUGGACAAGUAUUACUGGUCCCUAGUGGGUGGUGGCAUUAUGUUGAAUCCAUUGAUUUAAGCGUCAGUGUCAAUAUAUGGAUUCCACUGUCGGCAGAUUGUCAUUCCAGACUCGGCGAGGCUCUUGUUAAUUUAGUAGUUCAAGAGAUUGGAAAAGGAUUCAUUCCUUCAUCUGAUGAAACACUUCACGCACCAAGUGAGGCUCUGCGAUUGAUAAAAACGUGUAUUGAGAAGUGCAAUGUUGAAAAAGUAGAUUUACCGUCAGAUAAAAAAUUCAAAGAAACUCGAUGGUCAGUGAAGGAGUUGGUCGAGCAAUAUUUUACUUAUGUAACACCGAUUCCUGUACUAAAAAAUGAAGAAUUGCAAGAAUUACUUUCGAAAAAUCGAGACAGGUUCUCAGACAUUGAACACAAAUAUUUGGAAACGAAUAGCUCCAACUGCAAACGUGAUAAAGAUGCUGACUGGGUGAAUCAACAAAUAAGAAAUGACGUAGUUAACGCCUUUUGUCAUCCUGAUAUUAUUAAGAAAGUGACGCACCUCAUCCUACACUCAAGCCAUCUGAGGUGAUCUAGAACAACU